AUGGCUAUUUCUUCAAGUGUGGGAGUUAUGGAAAGUGAUGACGUAAGCCAAGGGGACUACUCGUGCAACUCCGAGACAACAGCAGGUGCUGAGACUAGCGCGAGCGAAGAUGAUGAUGGGAAGGGGAUUCAAAUUAAGAUCAAGAGAGCCAUCGAAAAUGGUAUACUGGAUGAAGCGAAAAAAAAAAGGAAAAUACUCAAUUUUGAUAGAAGCUUGAAAAAAAGAAAAAAUUUGAAAAUCGAACAGGAGGGAUUCAAAAUUAGCAUUCGGAAGUUCAGACUGUUUAAAAUUGACCACGUGAAAAAAAAAGGGGAGGAAAUGCUCCCCCCAGCGAGGAAUGACCGGGAAGUGUCCACCAGGGCUGAUGAGGACAAAGCAGGUGCUGCCAAGUGA